CUCUCCUGCCUGCUCUGUCCCCACCUUCUGCAGCCUGCUGGAGAAGCAGUACUUCAAAGAAACCCUGAUGCGACCACUCCAGAUCCUUCCCAGCCGAUUCAUUUCCCAGCUGUGUUGUGGACUGAAGCCUCCAGCCUCCCUGUGAAGCAAGAUCUGCCUCACCAUGGCUCAUCCAAGUUCAAAUAUGGCAGAUUUUCGGAAGUGUUUUGCAAAUGCCAAGCACAUAGCCAUCAUCUCAGGGGCUGGCGUUAGUGCGGAGAGCGGGGUUCCAACUUUCAGAGGAGCAGGAGGUUACUGGAGAAAAUGGCAAGCCCAGGACCUGGCGACUUCACAGGCCUUUGCCCGCAACCCAUCACAGGUGUGGGAGUUCUACCACUACCGGAGGGAGGUCAUGAAGAGCAAGGAAUCCAAUCCCGGGCACCUGGCCAUUGCCCAGUGUGAAGCUCGGCUACAUGACCAGGGCCGACGGGUUGUAGUCAUCACUCAGAACAUCGAUGAGCUGCACCGCAAGGCUGGCACCAAGAACCUGCUGGAAAUCUACGGGACCUUGUUUAAAACUCGGUGCACCUCAUGCGGCAAUGUUGCUGAGAACUACAAGAGUCCGAUUUGUCCAGCGUUAGCAGGAAAAGGGGCUCCAGAACCAGAGACCCAGGACGCCAGAAUCCCAGUUGACAAACUUCCCCGGUGUGAGGAGGCCGGAUGUGGUGGCUUGCUGCGACCUCAUGUGGUGUGGUUUGGAGAAAACCUGGAUCCUGCUGUUCUGGAGGAGGUGGACAGAGAGCUCGCCCUCUGUGACCUGUGUCUAGUGGUGGGAACAUCCUCUGUGGUCUACCCAGCUGCCAUGUUUGCUCCUCAGGUGGCUUCCAGGGGAGUCCCAGUGGCCGAGUUUAACACGGAAACCACCCCAGCCACCAACAUAUUCAGGUUUCAUUUUCCAGGACCCUGUGGGACAACACUUCCUGAAGCCCUUGCUCCUCAUGAAACUGAAAGGGUUUCUUAACUGUCCUGUGGAAAAAGGAGAAGAUUGUGUAGCGCAUAACCAGGGCACUAACAGGAGAAGAGAUUUUGUGGAUGACAAGCUGAACUUUGAAAAAUAGAAAAUACCCUUUGAGCCCCUAGAGGACAAUCUGUGAAGGGAUUGGGCUUCAAAACACCAACAGCAAAUGUGUUUUCUUUGGAGAGGCUGAUGGACUGUCAAGUUUUUCCAUCUUAAUUGAUUUCAACUGAAAUAUGAGUAUUUUGGAUUUGCUGUUCUUGGUCAGUUACUGGGAGGGAAAAAUUUGUACUUAAAUUGCUUGAGAGGAAGGUAAUUAUACAAACUGUUUGUAUCUUGGGCAAAAAUAGAAAUAGAGAAUUAAAACCCUAAAAGUUAAACCCUAGUAAAACUUUUUGGCACACA